AGCUAAGUUUCGCAUUACAUGAUGAAUCUAUUUUAUAUUUUGUCUGUGGUAUGGAUUGUUUGUGUUUUCGUCUGGCAUAGAAACUAGAGACAAGUGCCGUGUUCAAACUUCGAAUAAUAAACAAAAACGAAUAAAUUACAAAAAUGAGUAAUUCAACUAUUUCUGAUCAGUCACUCAUGGACAAAUCCAUGCGGAGUGUUUUCGUCGGGAAUAUCCCGUACGAAGCUACAGAAGAGAAUUUAAAGGAUAUUUUUAGCGAAGUUGGACCGGUACUUUCAUUCAAAUUAGUAUUUGACCGGGAAACAGGCAAACCAAAGGGAUAUGGCUUCUGUGAAUACAAAGAUCAAGAAACAGCUCUUAGUGCUAUGAGAAAUUUGAAUGGUUAUGAGAUUGGUGGAAGAACAUUAAGGGUUGAUAAUGCUUGUACAGAGAAGAGCCGGAUGGAAAUGCAAAGUCUUUUGCAAGGACAAAAUACAGAGAAUCCAUAUGGGGAAGCAGUGCAGGCAGAUAAAGCUCCUGAAGCUAUAAGUAAAGCUGUAGCUUCUUUGCCACCAGAGCAAAUGUUUGAACUCAUGAAACAAAUGAAGCUCUGUGUACAAAAUAAUCCUAAUGAGGCACGGCAAAUGCUACUUCAGAAUCCUCAAUUGGCAUAUGCUCUGCUACAAGCUCAAGUAGUGAUGAGAAUAGUGGAUCCUCACACAGCAGUUAAUAUGUUACAUAAAGCAAAUCCAAUCCCAGGUGUAUUAACACCUUCUGAUAAACCAGUUGUUCAUCCAAUUGUGCCAAGGAUUGAAGAACCAUGGGCUCCUUCACGUCCAGCUCCAGUUACAAAUACUCCAGCACCAAUAUUUGCUGGGCAGGAUGUUGAUCUCCGUACAUUGGAUAGACAAAUGGAUCCACGUUUAGCUAGAAUGGAUCAAGAUUUAAGAGGCCCUCAGCAAGUAACACCAACACCUGUUAGCGUACCAUCAGCCGUGGCCGCAAGUACUGAUCCUAGAGGACUCAGUACAUUUAAUGUUACAGACAAUGCACUUCCUGUUGAAGGAGUUGAGAGCUUUUGUCGUGACCCAAGAACAGAUAGAUUUGGACGAGAUCCAAGGGAUCCCAGGGAUCCAAGAAUGCCCAUUGAUCCUAGAAUUACCAAAGCUACUCCACCAGUGCCAGUUGCACCACCAGUGGUACCAAGACCUGUUGCUGCACCAACUGUUCCGCCAUCAAGUGUUGUUACACCUAGUGCACCAGCUCCCGCUACUGCAUUAUCAACAUCGGCAACAUCCGCUACCUCAAGACUCAUGGCAGGCAUGUCCCCUGCCGGAAAUAUACCUAGUGGAGCAUCUGAUCAAGAGAAGGCAGCUUUGAUAAUGCAAGUGUUGCAAUUAUCAGAUGAACAAAUCGCUAUGUUGCCACCCGAACAAAGGCAGAGUAUUUUAGUGCUUAAGGAACAGAUUGCUAAAAGUACACAACGUUAAUAUGUAAUAUCUUUUCGUCUUUUUUUAUAUAAAAGAUUAACGAACUGUGAAACUAUAUUAUACUGAUAUGGUAAAUAAAAUUCAUCAAAUAAUAA